CAUUUGUAGUAUCAUCGCCACUGCGUUGACGACUGUUCUGACUGGGGUUUUUUUUGGGUCAGGGAAAACGUCCGUUUAUCAUGGACAUAAGGCGGUUUUUUGCGCCAGCCUCGACCAGACCUGCUGCGCAGAAACCUGCUCAACAGGAGAGCGCCACCAAAGGGAAACAAUCUCCCGUUUCCUCACGCGAGGACCCCAAGAAAAAGGCCCGGACCUCCAGGGUCACAAGCUCCAAAACAGAAGCAGUGCAACAACAGAAGCCGGGCAACAAGAGACGCAAAAAGCGCGCAGUCAUAGAGUCAGACUCGGAGGAUGAACAGCCAGUGAGGAAACCGAAGAAGUCCCCCAAAGAGAGUCAGAAAAAAAGCAAGGUAGAUUGCCCUACCACUAAGGAUCCUAUACAGUAUGUCUCUGAAACAGACUCGGAUAAUGACUUUUUGACCCUGAAGACGACCUCCAAAUCUAAGGAAAAUGGCAUUGCCAAACCAUCAAAAGAGGCCGAAGGGAAAAAUCCCCCAGUGGUCAAGGAGGGGAAAAAGUCUCCCGCUUCACCUUUCUCCUCAAAGGGGAAAAAAAAUGUGAAGUCUCCAUCUUUGCCUGUUUCCCCUAAGUUAGCCACCCCUGCCAAGCCCAAACAAACUCCCACCUCAGUCCUAGACUAUUUUGGCAGUGCGAAUGUCCUGCGCUCAGAUAAGAAGCUGGUUGCUAGCACCAAAAGGAAAGCUCCAACCCAGGACUUUGAGGAUGUGAUGAGCGAUGAGCUGAUGGCCCAACAGCUGCAGAUGGAAGAGGAUGAGCUGGAGAGGCAGGUCCACGAGGAUGAGGAUUUUGCCAGGACACUAGCAAUGUUGGAUGAGGAACCGAAUGCCAAGAAGGCUCGAAAGGACUCGGGUGAGAAACGGGGAUCAACUACAUCACCCAGUAAGAGCCACACAGACACCAAUGCCAGCAGCACAAGCAGGCAGUCAAAGGACACCGUGGAAGGUGGCGUCUCAGAAGAUGUCCUCAGUCCAUCUCCUAAAAAGGUCUCCACCCCAGUCAAAGCCAGCUCCAAGCUGGCCAUGAUGAAGAAAAAAGAGGAGGUGAUUAAAGAAGAGAAGGGAAGAACAGCUAUUUCGCCCAGGAAAAGCAUACAAUCUCCCAAAAAGAAUCCUUCUACACCAUCCAGCAACAAAAAUAAAUCAAUGCCCAAAGCAGGAAGCCUUUCCAUGGGAACUUCUCCUGCCGCACUCAAAGUAUCCCCCAAGAAACCAGAGAGCAAAAGUAUAAGUCCUGAUGACACAGAGAAGAAGAAAGGCAACUCUUCAGCCUACAGAAACUUUCUCAACAGAGAUGGACCACGGGCUCUGGGCUCCAAGGAAAUACCAACGGGUGCAGAGAACUGUCUGGAAGGCUGCGUGUUUGUUCUGACGGGCGUACUAGAGUCCAUGGAGCGGGAGGAUGCUAAGACCAUGAUAGAGCGCUAUGGGGGCAAGGUGACGGGCAACGUCAGCAAGAGGACCACCUACCUGGUGCUGGGGCGGGACAGCGGAGCAUCCAAGACUGAGAAGGCACAUAGUUUUGGUACCACAAUCCUGGAUGAAGACGGCCUGUUGGAGCUAAUCCGGACCAAACCAGGGAAGAAGUCCAAGUAUGAAAUAGCUGCUGAAGCUGAGAACAAAGCUUCCAACAAGAGUAGGACUUCCUCUGUCUGUCAGUCAUUGAAGACCACCCCCGAAGCUCAGAAAAUCUCCCCCUCCAAGGGUAACUCCAGGUCCCCUAAGACGCCAAGCCCAUCCAAGACUGGCUUGGUCCGGGGCCGAGAUGCAGGGACUAAAGACAGUUCCACCCCACCUGGGAGGGGCUCGGUUUCCGGGGUCCGCAGGGAGCUUGGCCUCUCCUCCGCUUCUAGCCUGACCCCGUCCCCCACAUCGUUGGACGGAGAAGAUGCUAGUCUGCUGUGGGUUGACAAGUACCGCCCCCGCUCUCUAAAGGCUGUGAUUGGCCAGCAGGGGGACCAGAGCUGUGCCAAUAAGCUCUUGCGCUGGUUGCGGAACUGGCACAAGCACCACAGUGGGGGAGCUGCUAGACCACCAGCACCAAAGUUUACGAAGUCUGGAGGUUCAAAAGACAAUGGCUCGACAUUUAAGGCUGCCCUGCUAUCUGGACCUCCUGGGGUGGGGAAGACCACCACUGCAGCCCUGGUCUGUGAGGAGUUGGGUUAUAGCUAUGUGGAGAUGAAUGCCAGCUGUACACGCAGCAAGAACAGUCUAAAGGAGGUGGUUGCAGAGUCACUAAACAAUACCAGCGUUAAGAACUACUACACAGGUUCAGCUCAGACAGUGAGCAGUAAACACGUCUUGAUCAUGGAUGAGGUGGAUGGCAUGGCUGGUAAUGAGGACCGGGGAGGAAUACAGGAAAUGAUUGGCUUGAUCAAGCAAUCAAAGAUCCCCAUCAUCUGCAUGUGCAAUGACCGCAACCACCAGAAAAUCAGGUCUUUGGCCAACUACUGCUUUGACCUGCGCUUCCAGAGACCGCGGCUGGAGCAGAUCAAGGGAGCCAUGAUGUCCAUAGCUUUCAAGGAAGGCCUCAAAGUACCGCCCCCAGCCCUCAACGAAAUUAUCUUAGCAUCCAAUCAGGAUAUUCGACAGGUGCUCCAUAACCUGAGCAUGUGGUCAGCCAAGGACAAGGUGAUGACAUAUGACCAGUGUAAGUCUGACGCCGCCAGUGCCCGCAAGGACAUGAAGCUGGGGCCCUUCGAUGUCUGCAGGAAAGUCUUCGCUACAGGGGAGGAAACGGCCCACAUGAGCCUCAUUGACAAGUCUGACCUCUUCUUCCACGACUACUCACUAGCACCCCUAUUUGUUCAGGAGAACUACCUUCGUGUACGGCCAGCAGCUGCAGGUGGUGAUUUGAAGUCCCACCUGGUUCUGCUCAGUAAGACAGCUGACUCCAUCAGUGAUGGAGACCUGGUGGACAGACGCAUCCGCUCAGGGCAGAACUGGUCAUUGCUGCCCACCCAGGCCGUCUACGCUAGUGUGUUACCAGGAGAGCUAAUGCGAGGCUAUAUGAGCCAGUUUCCCACCUUCCCUAGCUGGUUGGGCAAGCACUCCUCAACAGGCAAACAUUUUCGCAUUGUCCAAGACCUGUCCUCACACAUGAGCUUAAAGACAUUGAGCAGCAAACGGGCAGUGAACCAGGACUAUUUGCACUAUUUGCGGGAGGCGCUGCUGAGCCCGCUGCAGAAGCGGGGGGCGGAGGGAGCGGGCCAGGCUGUGCAACUUCUGGACGACUACCACCUCAUCAAGGAGGAUGUGGACAACAUCAUGGAGAUCAGCCUCUGGGGCGGACAGCCUGACCCCUACUCUAAAUUGGACCCCAAGGUAAAGGCAGCCUUCACCCGGGCAUACAACCGCGAGGUACACCUGACGCCCUACUCCCUGCAGAUGGUCAAGAAGGGACGCCGUGGCACUGGAGAAUCUGAGCCGGGCGACGAGUAUGUGGAAAAUGACUCGCAAGAACCGGAAGAAGGAGACGAGGGCAUCGCAGUGGACGCCAUGAUCAAACAGAAGGCUAAAGCCACCAAGGAGCCAAAAAAGGAGAAAAGAGAAGUUGCUGGCAAGGACAAAGGAAAAGGCAAGGCUAAGAAGUGAGUUGUGGCCAGUGGAGGAAAGCAAACUCUUCCUGUCUUGGCCUCACCACAGACUGUUACGUUGUCCCUGUGCUUGCCGGUAAGCGUUGCUUUGUUUCUUAAUGAGCAUUGCAAAGCCAAGAAACCGGUGUCCUCACACGCGAAAGAGUUGACUCUAAUAUGAAAAAACAAUAGCUGAGGCGGUAGUCUCCGUUUUAUUUGUUCAUUGUAAUCUCUCCAACAGAACAUCAAGAUAGUGAGCAAAUUAUGGUCUUAUGCGGCUAGUGCUAUUAUGUCUGCUGUAUAUGUGUACUCCUCACAGGGUGUGUAGCCCAUUUCUAGUCAUGUACACUUCCAUAGCUGUGGAAGUGUUGAGGCUGUAAAUAAUGACUGUAGUGCAAGAAUUUUUUUUUUUUACUACUGCUACUGUAGAAAUGUACCAGAAUAAUCCUUAUUUUCUAUAGCACGCACUUUUGAUGACAAGUUAACCAGAGAUUCAGCUCCAUCAAGUUUUCCUAUACAUAGCAAUUUGUAAAAAAAACAAAAAGUUAAUUAAUAAACAAAUGUCCUGUGUCUUUUUUCCAUUAGUGUUUUUUUAAUUUGUUGCUCCAAACAAAUUUCGAAUUUUGUUUCCCUCGAUCGUAAGUGAGGUUAUACUCAAGAGUGCCGGAGGGGUCUUACAGCU